AUGUACGAGCAAAACGUCGUAGCGAACGACCUAUGUAUCCCGAACUAUCUGGGCAAUCUCGAGCACGUUCAUGUGCGUGAUAUCCAGUCGUGGGUAAAACAUGCCGUUUUGCUUGAUAGAAACUACCGAACACCUUACAAAAAGCUUCAUGCAUGGAGGAUAGCGAACCGCGAAAAGUUGGGAAUAACGUGGCUCAGACUGGUUCACGGGCAUUGGGCGCUUGUCGCCUCAGCUGAUGUUCAUACCUGUGAAUUUUCGGUAUGGGAGAUUCCUCCAGAAGGGGAGAUUCGUCAGGUUGCGAGAGUAUUUCUGGACGCUCCUGUCAUAGAUGGGAUGGCAGAUGAGUCGUGUCAACAGGUUCACUGCGCAAUUACUAUAGGAGCUUCAGCCCCGUAUAUACUCAUCUUCAAUAUAAUUGAACAUGCAGAAAAAGUCACGCUGGACGAGCUUAUUUCCAUAUCGGGUGCAUCACACGUCCGCUUCUUUCGAGGAAGUUGCCUUGGAUUUGCAACCUGGAAGAAUGACGAUUCUUAUCCUCAUAUCAUCGAUUGGAAGAACUGGAACUCGUACAAGCUCCAUAUCCCAAGUAGUGCUCUUUCUCAAGUCCCCUCAUUGCUCCCAUUUUGCACGCUUGGUAUGGCCAAUUUUUGGAUGUAUCCGAAGACGAAAUUAGGAAAAUUGGACGAUCAGGAUAAAACCUCUGCGUUCCGCCAGGCUGUAAUACUGCGCAACAGAGGCAUGGAACAAACCAGAGCCUUCAACUUAUGCGAAACACUAAGCAUUAGUCCUUGGACAGCCUUCCCAGAAUCGCGUCCCCCGGUGUUGACCGACUAUGCCCUGGGCCUUUCAGGUCGCAGGUUAUUUUGUGUGACGACAUUAAAGUCGCACUGCUGGUUACCACCGACGCUUUCAACAAUGCCCAUUGAAUUAACAGUCGGUUCUGAUGAAGAGAACCAGCUGUUCACUUCUUUCGGUGAUUACGUACCAGUCUCCAGGGAAGCACUUCCACUCCCACAUUUGAUCACCAGUCUCUCGUUUGACGACGGAAAUGGCUAUUUGUUGAUGGGAACUAGGUCGGGGGACGUUCGUCUUGCAGCAUUCAUGGACAAGAACAUCAUAAGACACGAGUGUGUACAUAUCGAAUCUUUGGGAUCCUUGGCAACGGAGGUGGUGACUCCAGUUUCGCAGAAGCUCUCAGAGCCGGAUGACGCUUCUCGAAUCAAGGCGGCAGUUCCUCCGGAUUUACCAGUGUUUUACACUAUCAGGGAGACUUACAAAUUUGGUGACGAACUUCCACCUUCGAUUCGUGAAGACGUGACUAGUGACUGGUUCGACGAGCAAGUCGGAAAACAGACAUUUUCGAAUUGGUCAAAUGACUGGUCGCAAUUCGAAUGUCUAUGGGACUGGGUGAUACCGCUUUCGCGAUGGGGUCCCAUUGAUAAAGAUUUUUUCAACACGACGCCGUCUAUUUUCGCACGGAACCGACUCCAAGCAUUAGGAGACCUAAUUCCUGUGCUGUAUGACGUGACGAACCACAAGCGUGUCGUCUUCCGCAACGGAGAACGCAUGUUCUUCUGCAGAUCUGAACGAAACCCUGAUCACGAUGACGACUCCGACGAAGAAGAAACUGUAGCAUUUGAGGGCGAACCGGACAUUUUCCUGUGCAUUCUACCAUGCACGUACUCUCAGUAUUCGGGUGAUCCACCAUCAAUCAUCAGACAUUUGCCCAGCCGCGAUAUUCAUGCAAUGGAUGCAAAUCUCCGGGACUGGCGUGGUUCACAAACUCGACAAACGCGAUGUAGUGCAGCAAACGUAGUCUACCAAGUUCGAGAGCAUCACGAGAUGUUGUGCAAGCAGUACCCAGAUGACGAUACCAUGGCAGGCUGGACUGGGGAAGAAUGGGACAGACUCUUUUAUGAUCUUUGUGGACUCAGUCACUAG